GCAUAAAAUCAUGUCUUUCAUUUCGUUUUGUAUUGCUCUAAGCUUGGCCUUGGGUAUUGGUGUGAUAAUUGAUUUACCAUAUAUCAGUGGAUGCAGAGAUGAUGAAAGAAAAUAUCUGCUCGAUUUCAGAGGAGGCCUAAACGAUUCCUAUGGUAGAUUAAGCACAUGGCACGGAUACAAUUGUUGCGCGUGGGAGGGAAUUGUUUGUGACCACCAAACAAUUCAUGUUAUUCAACUUGAUCUCAAAAACCCUCAUCAUAAGGGAGAUGAUCAUCGUUAUCAAGUAAACCACCAGUUGAGGGGGAAGAUUCAUCCAUCUUUGUUUAAUCUGCAACAUCUGCGCCACCUGGAUUUAAGCUGGAAUGACUUCCAAGGCAUUGCUAUACCUCCACUGUUAGGAAGGCUCAAGAGGCUUACUUUUCUUAGCCUGGCUUAUGCUAGGUUUGAGGGUGAGAUCCCUCUAGAGCUGGGAAAUUUGUCAGCCUUACAACAUCUUGAUCUGUCAGACUAUUACAAAUUGCAUUCUUCAGAGUAUCGCAAGAAAUGGAGACUGAAGAGUUCAAGGUUUGAUGAAUUAGUCAGAAAUUUGAGAAACUUGGAAUACCUCGCAAUGAAGAGGGUGAACCUAGAAAAGGCGUCUCACAACUGGGGCGACUCUGUCUCCAGGCUCUCAAAACUUAGAUUGAUUUACCUGUCUGCAUGUGGUCUUUCAGGAAGUAUUCCUUCACUUCUAAACCUUACCCAUUUAUCCCAGCUCCAUCUUCGACAUAGCUCCUUUCCAUUCCAAGUACCGUCCUGGUUACAGAAUGUCUCAUCCUUGGUUUCACUUGAUCUCACUGACUGUGAUCUCACUGGUUCCAUCCCUUCCGAUUUCUUGCACGAAGCUUCAAGUCUGAGCAAUCUUUGUUUGAGAAAAAACAGUCUACAAGGAGUAAUUCCUGCUUCCAUUGCAAACUUUUCGAAACUUGAGACACUCGAUCUCUCCGACAAUCAGUUCACGGGGGUUAUACCCCUAUUUGGAUCUCCAGCGAGGCAACCGUCUAGUCUUUCAAUGAUUGAUCUUGCAUUUAACAAUUUGAAGGGCAGAAUACCAGACUGUGUUGGUAGGCUUUCCUCUCUCCAAUAUAUGGAUCUCAUGAGAAAUCAACUAAAUGGUGAUAUCCCAAACUCUUUGGGUAAGCUCUCUAUAUUAAGUUGCCUUAAAUUAGACGAUAAUCAGUUGUCUGGAGCAAUACUAAAUUCAUUUUCAGAGCUUGUUGGAUUGGAAGUACUGUCGCUUUCUUCCAACAAUUUAACAGGCGUUGUUUCUAUUUCCAUGUUCCAUAAUUUGACUCAACUUCGUAUACUCCAGUUAUCUAGAAAUCAGCUGACUAUCAACAUUCCUUCAAGCUGGGUUCCACAGUUUUCUCAUCUGGAGUACCUGGGAUUAAGCUCUUGUAAUAUUGAAGGAAAUUUUCCAGCAUUUCUGUCUACUCAAUAUUUACUAGAAGAUUUGGACCUGUCAGAUAACAGAAUUCGGAGAGGUGUUCCUACUUGGCUUAAGGAUCUUACUAAGCUGAGGAUGCUUAAUCUUUCAAAUAACCAACUAGGAGGCUUUCUGCCCCCACUCAACUACAGUAAUUUUGAAUUGGUGGCCUUGCAUAAUAAUAGCUUUCACGGCCCUAUUUCAGCUCUUUCAUUUUAUGGAUUCACAUUGGAUUUGUCACAUAACAAGUUUAAUGGUUCUAUUCCUGCUACAAUCUUUCCAUACAACUAUUUGUCCCUGUCCGCAAAUAAUCUGAGUGGAGAUCUGGGGAGAUGUUCGUCUCUUGUAAUUUUAAAUUUGGCUCAAAAUGAUUUCCAAGGUGAGAUACCAGAGGAGGUAGGAAAUCUGACUCAACUCCAGACAUUAAACCUCAAUGGAAACAAUUUGCAAGGUGUUAUUUCUCCAUCUACUGCAAAUUGUGCAUAUAUUGAGGUACUGGACAUAGGAAAUAACAGGUUUGAAGGGAGGAUCCCAAUUUGGAUUGGAAAGAUGAAAUGUUUACAAAUACUCAGUUUGACAAAUAAUAAGCUUGAGGGUAGUAUUCCAUCCGAGUUGUUUGAGCUAAAGAGUCUUCAGGUCUUAGAUUUAUCUUAUAACAAUAUAUCAGGAAGUAUCCCCGAAAGUUUAGAAAUGCUCCAUGCUAUGAUAAGUCAAUCACAGAGUUUAGAAAUGCAACGUUUUGAUGUAUCAGACGGUUUUUUUACUGAAGCCAAUACAUACAUCUAUCACUCAACACUCUUUGUGGAUCAAAUAACUCUCUGGAUUAAAGGAACGGCACGUCGAUAUCAAAAAAUAUGGAGAUCAGUCAAAGUUAUGGACUUGUCACAUAACAAGCUCCGGGGUAGCAUUCCUCCGAAAAUGGGACUUCUCCAGGGCCUAGUUGCUCUGAAUAUUUCAAACAACAACAUCAGUGGCUCAAUUCCGAAAUCCUUUGGACAGAUGGUUAGCCUGGAGUCUCUGGAUCUUUCAGGAAACAUGUUAUCAGGGAAGAUUCCCCAAGAGCUUGUAAGUCUCACUUUCCUUUCUGUCUUGAAUCUUUCAUACAACAUGCUUUCUGGAUUAAUUCCGCAGGGUUAUCAGUUUUCAACGUUUGAAGAUUCUUCAUUUCUUGGGAACCCCAAACUUAGGGGGCCUCCCCUCGAUAAUAGAACACAGAGCUCUAGUUUUGGUGAAAGAGGUCGCCAGGUAGAGUUGAAUAAUACAGUUAUUGCAAAUGAUACAGAUAAAAUGGAUCGAUGGUGGGCAGUGACAGUGGGGUUAUGUUACGGGAUGGGAUUUGCUAGUGUGAUUGCAGUGUUGUGUUUUCUCAUAGAAUGGAGGUACAGAUGCUUUGCUUUGCUGGAUGCUGUUGUGGCUUAUCUUUGUGAGCGUUGAAAACCCUACCUGUUUGCUAUCUAUUGUUGCCUGACAUACAUCAAGUAAUUUGUUGAGUUUAUAAUGGUGUUAGUUGUAAAGUGUUUUCCGGAGUUGAGACAUAUAUAAUGCUGUAUUCUACUAUGGUAGGGUAUUUAAAUGCUGGAAAUACAAAUUAUGUUGUUUAAAGUCAAGUUUAUAGUGAAGAUUUUAAUUUAUAU